GCUAGGCUAUUCCCUGAGCCAGCCUCCCCUCCCCACCUCGUCGCCUCGCGCUCCCCCUAGCGGCGGAGCGACCCUCCCUCGUCUUCCCAUAAUGCCCGUUUAGGUUGUUCUGCUGUGGCUGCCUCGGCUUCAAGAUGGCGCAGGCGAUAUUCGAGGCGCUGGAAGGAAUGGAUAAUCAGACAGUGCUAGCUGUUCAGUCCUUGUUAGAUGGCCAAGGAGGUGUUACAGAUCCAUCAUCACAGACAGUCAACACAUCUUCCUCCAUCCAGUCCAUGGAUGACGAAGAUGUAUUUCUCUGUGGGAAGUGUAAGAAGCAAUUCAACUCAUUACCAGCAUUCAUGACUCAUAAGCGGGAACAGUGUCAAGGCAAUGCCCCCUCACUGGCUACAGUUUCCCUAGCUACUAACAGUGUGUAUACCCCGUCCAUUACCUCAGUGCAGCAGGCUCAGACCACCAAUCGUCAGAUCUCUACUUACAUUACUGUUCCACCCUCUCCUUUGAUCCAAACCCUAGUCCAAGGGAACAUCUUAGUGAGUGAUGAGGUCUUAAUGUCAGCCAUGUCUGCUUUCACAACCCUGGACCAGCCAAUGUCCACAGUGCAACCCACUGUGCAGAGCAGCUUGAAUAUGCAUCCUGGAGCAGGAUACCUCUCUCAGCCUCCCCCACCCCCUCCACCCCCUCAGCCACCACCUCCACCACCUAGAACUCUUGGAGUGCCAGGCCCGGCCAAUGCAGGUAGCAGUGGAGUGGCGGAAGUCUACAGUACAUCUACCUCCAUGCCUGGGAAUGGGACGGUAGAAAUACAGAAUCUGGGGAUGCAGCCAUAUCCACCUUUGGAGGUGCCCAGCCAAUGUGUGGAAAACCCAGUAUAUCCCUCUCCUCCAGUAUAUAGUCCAAGCAAACAAAGCUUUAAGUCUAAAAAUGCUAAUGCUGCUGCUUCCUUGAAUAAUACAUGUGGAGGAAAUCUGACCAAUUUUGAUUCUGCUUCCAAGAAUCGUCGUUCCAAACCGGACAAUAACUUGCUUGAAGGAAAGCCCAAGUCACCAAAACUGAAAUGUACAUACUGUGAUAAAGCCUUCACCAAGAAUUUUGAUCUGCAGCAGCAUAUCAGGAGUCAUACCGGAGAGAAGCCAUUCCAGUGCAUUGUGUGUGGUCGAGCUUUUGCGCAAAAAUCCAAUGUGAAGAAGCACAUGCAGACACAUAAGGUGUGGCCACCAGGAAUUGGAUGUACCAUCUCUCGGAGCUCUGUCACUGUGCAGGUCAUGCAACUCAACCCCAACCAGCAGGAGGAUGAGGAAAAUGCAGGCUUAAACCAGGCUCCAAGAAGUAGCCCUCCACAGCCUCAAGCCCUGCCUCCUGGGGAAGAACAUGACACGGCAAAGAUGGAAGCCAAGCAAGUAGUCUUGAUAGACAGUUCUUAUCAGUGCCAGUUCUGUCCCAGCAAAUUCAAUACAUAUUUUCAGCUGAAAUCACACAUGACUCAGCAUAAACAUGAACAGGUGUACAAAUGCGUUGUGAAAAGUUGUGCCCAGACAUUUCAAAAGCUGGACUCUUUCUUAGAGCAUAUCAAGAACCACCAGGAAGAGCUGAGCUAUCGCUGCCACCUCUGCAGCAAGGACUAUCCUUCUCUGUAUGAAUUGGGCGUCCAUCAAUAUUCCCACAACUUGCUCCCUCAACACAGCCCUAAGAAGGACAUGGCAGUUUACAAGUGUGUCAAAUGUGUAAAUAAAUAUUCCACACCAGAAGCCCUGGAGCAUCACUUACAGACAGCAACACACAACUUCCCCUGUCCUCAUUGUCAGAAGGUGUUUCCCUGUGAGAGGUACUUGAGAAGGCAUCUGCCUACGCAUGGAGGAGGAGGCAAAUUUAAGUGCCAGAUCUGCAAAAAGUUCUUCCGCCGAGAACACUACCUCAAAUUACACGCACACAUUCAUUCGGGUGAAAAGCCUUUUAAGUGUUCAGUGUGUGACUCAGCCUUCAACAGGAAAGAUAAACUCAAAAGGCAUAUGCUGAUCCAUGAGCCUUUCAAGAAAUACAAAUGCCCAUUCUCAAAUCAUACAGGCUGCAGUAAAGAGUUCAAUAGACCGGACAAACUGAAAGCUCAUAUUUUAUCCCAUUCAGGUAUGAAGAUCCACAAGUGCCAGUAUUGUAACAAAGCCUUCAGCCGGCGAGCUCAUAUGAUGGAACAUCAGCGUUCUCACACUGGCAACUAUAAAUACCGUUGCUCUACGUGUAGCAAAGGCUUUACUCGCCAGAAGUACAUGAAGGACCACAAAUGUAGGCUGAACUCAUCAAAGGAUAAAGAAUUACCAGUCAGAAAAUCUCAGAAGAAGUGGGGGGCACGUGGGCGGAAAUUGGGACUUCCUCUUUCAGCUCAGUUGGCUUUCACAGAACUCAAAGACCCUACAGGUGGAGAGAGCCUUCAGAAAAGUAGUCCCAAUAAAGAACAGUUUUCUGAACCUGACACUGUUCUCUCCAUUGUGGUUGGCAGAUCAGCAGCAAAUUCAGACAGUGGCAACUCUGGCCAGCAUUCUGGCAUCUCACCCAACCUUGCUCUGACAGAAUUGCAACCUGGCUCUGAGAGUCCAUGUGCCAUGCUGGCAGUCCCUGUUUACAUUCACACUACUGACUAAUUGACAAAUGCAAUGCUGCAUCCAUUUAUAGGAGGGAAAGUUCCUGUUUUAACUGAUACAAAAGAACUGCUGCAGAGUGAGAAAUGAAUGGCGUAUAUGUACAAAUGUUUGGCUUCACCGAUGCAGAGAACAACAUUCUUUUAAAGAAACAUAUUACAAAGUGCAGUCAUUCCUCUCCUUAUCUGGAUGAAUUCAUUUGAAGAAGCUGUUAAAAACGAAUAGGAAUAAUUUAUAUUCUUUUUAUUUAAAGAUACCCGGUGCUUAAAUAUUCAUUCAAGUUCUUGAACUCCAAAUCUAGAUCACCACAACAUUGUUUCACUUUUCUUGAUUUAAUUUUAUUGUUUCAUUAUGGAGCACUUACAGCAAACGGUGAUGACACCAAAAUGACAAAACGUGAAAGAAAAUGUUAUUGUGCAAGUAUUAUAUACUUGCAUCCUGACCUCUGACACAAAUAUGCAAAUUGUGAAAUUUCCAUGAUGAUGCCAUCACUUGCACUCCUAGAACUCCAUGUAUGGUUCUGUCCUAAACUCUACAUUGCACUUUCAAGAUGAAGGUUUAUUCAUAACAUGAUCCUUUGAAAACUUCACAGACUUAUUCAUAGAAGUAUUUUUUUUACCAUUUCCCUUUCUCAGGGUAUAUCGGAAUGGGGAAAUUGUAUACAAACACAGUUGACAAGUUAAAGCUGGAGCCCCCCUCCCCCCCCCUCCAAAUUUUCUCAGAUUUGCUGAUACUAAGCAGCUUUGGAAAUAAAUACAUCUGAACAUAUGAUUUUGAAACAGGGGAAUAUCAUAGGAAUUUAGAUUUCAAAGGAAAAUGUGACUCUUUCAAGAGUUGAAGGUUGCUAAAUUUGUACCUGCUAAGAAAAAACUGGGAAAGGGGACAAAAGGGAGGAAAGCCCAGCAUGAACUGUAAUGGUGUUCAUACUCUUUUCCACCCAUUUGUAACACCACAGUUACUACAUUUAAGAAGAGAGCUUUUUAAGGCAGUUUUUCUCAACCUCAUGCUGGCUGGGUAAUUCUGGGAGUUGAAACCCACAUGUCUUAAAAGUUGCUGAGGUUGAGAAACAGUACUCUAAGGUACUUUACCAGUAGGCUCAGUGACAAGGCACUUGUGGAGCAUUGUAGCUUGAUCUUCUUGUGUCUCACAAACGCUUGAUAAAGGGAAGCAACUGGUAGUGAAGGAUAGCCUCCUAGAAUGGGGACCAUGUUCUUCAACCUGAGCGAGUAGUUGCUUUGGGUUUAUUAAAAUACCAGAUUGAGAUAAUAAGUAUGAAUGAUAUUAAUUUAAUCAGUGAGAGAAUUAUAUUAAUUCCAAUGGAUUACUUGUGCUGAUGUUACAUUUUAUGUUAUUUUUUCCCCGAGAUGUCCUGUGGUUAUGGUAUCCAAAUCCAAUUGUUCUUGAGCGUAUGCUGUCCAUAAGCUUCUGGAAAACAUGCAUUCUGUGACAUUAGAUUGUUAAAUCUUUGAGUCAGAAUUUUUGGGCUUCUGUGUACUUAUUUUUAUCUGAAAUUGUAGAGUGUCUGUUACAGCCACAGGAAAUGAGAGAAUUUGAUUUGACUUCAAGAGAGGUAACUCAAAACCGUGAUCCAUGGGCAUGUAUGAAGGAUCUCUUAUUUAAGCAGCUUUUCAAUCUGCAUAAUGGCAUUGGUGUGACUCCUAGCUGUUUCUAUGUAUGUGUACAUAUAUUCCACAUGUGUGGGGACAGUUGGAAGCAAUUUCUAGAGAAACUAUGUUGCGCAAAACACAUUUACAAGUCACAUUCAAGAGUAUACCAUAUCAGUCUGUUGAAAGUGAAUCCUUAUUUUCAACUGUCAUUGCACAUUAGAAUACCAAGAACAUAAGGGGCUGGCAUCUUCAUUAGGCAUCUCCAUUGAUCUGGUUUCCUUAUACCCACUGAUGCUUCCACAAUGACCGUGAAGAUAAUACAGAGAAGUGAUAUAAGUUGCUUAUCUGGUUUCAGAGUUUUAGUUGCAGUAAUUUGCCUCUGGAUUUCUCCCAAAAACAAGGUUGUACUUCCAGCACAGAAGAUAAGCCAAUAUCAAUGUCUUUCUCAACAAAAUUUGUUAUGUCACAGAAUAAAAACUAGAAAUGCACUAAAUUAUCUCUAUUCCAAUAUUACAGAUUUUCAGAUAUUGGUAAUUCUUGUCAGUUGUAUAAUUCCUUGAGGCUUUCUUUAAGGAAAAUGUUUUUCUAAGAUUCCCCCCUCCCCAAUAAGUUUAAGUGACGUUUGCUGAGGGUCGGGAUUACUAUGUAUAUUUUUCUCAAUUACCUUGUUACCAUAAAUAACACUAUAAUUAUGUUGU